GUGACGUACUUCCUUCGCGGUAAAUGGGGCCGCAUGCGACGGAUGCCAGCUGAGAAACACAGCAACACAGAAAUCUAAACAGGUGCAAUUCAAACUUUCUUCGGAGCUGGCCAAGUAGAAGUUGUCACUAUGUUGCACGCGUCACAGUCUGCAUGUUGAUGUAGAACAUCCCUUGUUGCGCAACAACUUCAACGCGCGCCUUCCAUCCCAUCAGCUUUCUAAAGUUCCGCCCUCUGGAAAGACAGGUGGAAAUAUGAGCAAGGCCAGAUCCAGCUGGGACAAGAGGGCCCCCCAGGGGCCUGCCCUCACCAGGGUGACCCGUAGCUCCACCCCCCAGGCCUGGCACACAGAGCCACCCCAACCCCAGGACUCUGGGCCUGGCCCACAUGGGAUCCAGCAGAGGAAGCAGACAGACUCAGCCCUACCCCUGGCCCAGGACCUCAGUCAAAUGAGUGUGAGUGGACAGGACACCUCACUACCACGGAAAGGGAGGGUAUCUAAGGGCAGCAGUGGCCCCAUCCAGGGGGGCCUGUCGUCCUCUGGCUCUAAGCCCACACAGAGCUACCCCUCUAGGCCGGCAAUGAAUCCCUCUCCCCGGGGAGGCCUGGCUGCUGUGUCUCGACUGGUGAAACUGGGCCGCUGUAAGAACGUGGUGGUGGUGGCCGGCGCAGGCAUCAGUACGGCCAGCGGUAUCCCAGACUUUAGGACCCCGGGCACAGGGCUGUACGCCAACUUGGCCAAGUACAACAUUCCCUACCCGGAGGCCAUCUUCAACAUCGAGUACUUCUCCAAUGACCCUCGGCCCUUCUUCUCCCUCGCCAAGGAGUUGUACCCAGGCAGCCACCGACCGAACUACAUCCACUACUUCAUCCACAUGCUGCACCACAAGGGCCUGCUGCUCCGCAUGUACACCCAGAACAUUGACGGCCUGGAGAAGAUAAGUGGCAUCCCAGAUGAGAAGCUGGUGGAGGCUCAUGGGAGUUUUGCAACUGCUUCCUGUCACCUGUGCUACACCUCAUUCCCUGCCCAGGAGGCCAAGAGUGCCAUAAUGAGUGACAAGGUCCCGGUCUGUACAUUCUGCCAGGCCACGGUCAAACCGGACAUAGUGUUCUUUGGAGAGGACCUUCCUGAGAAGUACUUCCUGCAUUCUAAAGACUUCCCUAAAGCUGACCUGCUCAUCAUCAUGGGCACGUCUUUACAGAUCGAGCCCUUUGCCAGCCUGGUGAACACAGUGAGGUCCACGGUUCCGCGGCUGCUCCUGAACCGGGACGCAGUGGGUCCCUUUCAGAAGGUGCCCCUGAGGAGGGGCGACUACAUAGAGCUGGGGGACCUGGUGGACACGGUCAGGAGGUUUGCUGAAUUCCUAGGGUGGCAUUCCGAGAUCCAAGACCUGAUGACCAGUCAGGAAAAUGGGACCAUCCCUACUCUGGUAAGCAGUGUUCCAGUAAGCAAUGUUUCAUCAGGAAGGGGCCGAGAAGGGCCCACCCAGAUCAAAGCCACUGGCCUGGGGAGGAGAGGGGCGUCGGAGCCCCGAGGAAGGUUGCCCCCUAAGUCCAGGCCAGGGGCCCGGGGCCCAACCAACGGCAGCAGUGAGAGCGACUCCGAGGCAGACAGCAAGAGCAUAGUUUCAUCCAGCUAAAUGAAACUGAACAUGUCCCCUGGGCCCCCCCCCCAAAAUAUACACUCAUUUCAAUUGGUCGAGGAAAUACUGGAAAAAGUUUGUAUGAAUGUUUCAAAUCAAUGCAAAUUGACAUUUUCAGCACAUAAGUGAACCUCCUUGUUGUCUGAAAUGGCAACGAGGAUUCGGGGGUUUGUCUAAAUGGGGUGGGGGGGUGUAAAUGGGUAUUCAGGCUUGGGGGAGGAGGGCAGGAACUUGGGCUUACGCCCAGCUCGUAGAGGACAGUGGUAAAUUACCAUGGGAGACGUGACCUCCCGAGUUUGAAAACACACACAGCGGGACACCGCAAUCUGCUCAUGUCUAAGUUUAUAAGGACAUUAGCUAUAUUUGAAGUCUACUUGUCCUUCAAUAAAAUGUGUGGUAGAAAACAGAAAAAAAGCACAGGGUUUCAGCGCUGCACAGAAUUUCAGCAUGCCAUUCAUAGUGACAGAACAGGGGCAGGGAAAACUUAAACAGGCAGUAUUUGGGGGCUCCAUCCAAAACUCAUAAAUGUCUCUGCCCCUCAACAAAGGGGAGGACCCAAUAUCUGUGUAUGUGCGCAUUUGAAACGUAUGCAGCGUUUGCUCUGAGAGACAGGUUCCAUGCUCUGUCAAUGUUGGCCUAAUGCAACUAUUCCAUUUUGCACAAACUCAUUGCACACUGUUCUCCACAGGUCAAUUGUACACCCCACUGGGAUUCAACACUUCACAUUUUGAAUUAAAGACCGUUGAGCACUUGUAUUUUCAAGACAAAACUUAAAUGACCUAAUGAUCCCUUUUUAAAUGUUAUGGUCUAGUAGGGCAGUUUCCUUUUUCAUUAUCCUCAUGAAAGGUUCAGAAAUUUACAAUUUCGCCAGGAUAAGGAUUUUUCCUUUAAAUUCAUAUUUGUGGUUUUAACUGUAUACUUCAUGUAUUCCUUUUGGUUAGAUUUAUUUUGGACAGGACGGUAUUAUAUUAAUUGUACAAAAAAACACAUAUUUAAUAAUAAAUUAAACUUAGCCUUG